AUGGUCACGCAUCUCGACGAGCCUAGGGGCAUAACCCGUAGACGGGGCCCCGGCCAUGCAGCCCCGUACGGACAGGCGUGUCUGCACUGCUUCAAAUCCAAGUCCAAGUGCGUCAGUCAUGGCAAUGGUACCAGUUGCGAAAGAUGCCACCGUCUCAAUAAAGAAUGCUGUCCAUCAGACUCGUUUCGCCGAAGAAACGCAAAGAAAAGCCAAGAUUCGUCCGUUAAGAUUGCCCAGCUCGAGGGCCGCAUCGACAAUCUCGUCUCCCUGCUGCAGUCUGUCACCGAACAUUCGGGCUCGUCAGCAUCCCUGCGUGAAGCACUGGAAAACCGUCCACAAGUCUUAAACCCGCAAGAGAGACUGGGAGUAGACGAGCCCGGGUCAAUGCCCACCAGCUCAUUUCGCAGCACAGCCACACCCACAGGUCAUCCAAAGCAAGCACAUCACGGUGCCAGUUUCUUCCCGCAGCCCUCCCCCAGCUGUGAUACCUCUGAUACUGGACCACUGUGGGAAAUCACUUCAUCAGAGGCAGAAGCACACAUCACCACCUUUCGCACUCAGAUGCUGCGAUUUUUCGCUUUCCUGGACCUUCCCCUGGAAACGAGCGCUCAAGAGCUUCGCCAGGAGAAGCCUCUCCUAUUCCGGGCUAUCAUGACUGUCACAGCACCCUCAAUCCAGCUGAAGCUCCUCCGCGGCCGGGGGCUCAAACACCUGAUUGCACAGGCUGCCCUUAUCGAAACACAGGCGAGCAUAGACCUGCUGCUCACCCUAUUGACCUACGUCGCCUGGGGCUAUGACCAGUUUUUAAAUAAGGUUGCGAGCUCUUCUCGGCUGACCCAACUGGCCAUGUCACUUGUGUAUGAUCUUCGCCUGCAUAAAACGUUAUCGCAAGGGGCUCAUUCGAUGCCGCACGAAGUGCACAACGUCCAGCCGGGAAGCACGCAGACAGCUCGCGAGCUGACCUCAGAGACGGAUCAGGUCUCGUUAGAGAGUGUCCGGGUGGUGCUGGGCUGUUUUAUAUUGAGCUCUAUGUAUUUUAUUUCCCUUCCUUUAUGCCUCUAUCCUAGUACAUCGAACACAGUCUCCUCCUAUUUUGGCCAGAUAGAUGCGAUGCGAUGGACCCCUCGCAUGGAGGAGUACCUGAGCCUCGUCAGCACCAACACGGCCUCCAAAAUGGACAAGUUCCUGGGCUUGCAGGUCCGUCUACAGCGGGUCAUCCAACAAGCGGUCGAUAUGCGCGACCAGCAAGAACUAACCCGCUCUCUUGCUGCGCCUCUUUCGCCCUCGACUGAGCCGUUACUGGCCUCCUUUUAUCUCAAGACCCUCCAAGCGCAGCUGCAGCAGGUUCGGUCGUGUAUUCCCCUGGAGCUCCAGCAAGAAGAAAUCAUCAUCAUGUAUCUGCACUACGCUGAGCUGAGCAUCUACGAAACCGUUCAUACGGUCAACCCGGACAUCCUAUCCACUUCUGGAAGCGAUUUCAUCCCCGUCGGCAGCGCUCCAACUCUCGGGUUUGAGCGACUUGAAUGCCACUGGCGCUCGUUGGGUGCCAUCAAGUCUUGGCUGGACGUCUUCUUCACUUUGCCCCCCUCCGUCUGCGUCGGAUUCUCCUUCCCAUUCUGGGCGCAGAUGGUACGAUGCCUAGUUGUCCUGUAUCGUCUGUCCAUCUGUCUGGAUUCAGCCCGUGAUCAACCGACGGUUCGUCAAACGGUUGACCUCCUCGCUGUCUUGGACCGCAUAGCGGACAAGAUACGACGGACCGCGGUUGAGGCUGGCGAAAAAUCUCCCAACGAGCUCUUCUCCCAGAUCGUCCGCAUCAUGAAGCGGUUUCAGGCCUGGGCAGCUGCGCGAUUGGAGCCAGCUCCGCAGCCCAAGGCCUUCUCCAUGCCGGAUCCUCCUAUAGCGUCGGCCGAGGCUUUGACGACAUGGUCGUACCCGGGGACUGAUGGUGAGGAGAUCUUGAUCAAUGACCACCAGAUGCUGACGCAACUUCUCGAUAUUGGGAAUGAUACCUGGUUUGACGAGUAUUUUCGCAGCCCUUGACUAUCAUUCACAUUAUCCAAUUUAUGGUGGAAUGGUCGAUGGAGUAUGGAGUUGAAUGAUACCUCAAUUAUAUUUAUCUUGCUGGUCUUCGUAUCAACUUAAAUUAUGGAGAUUACUUAUGAUGGGUACUUCUUAUUCGUCAAGAGUAUAUUAUUGUUGUUAGUUAAUCAUUGACAUCCGUGACCAAUGACCAACCCAAGGGCUAUAACAGACAGGUGCUAGGUGGGCUUUAGAUGAGCUUGUAUAGAGAUCCUAAAGCGACUAAAAAGACCCCUAAUUGAACCCUGACGUUAGCCGUCAGAAAUAACCUUUAUAGCUGUUCCCUCAUCUUAGUAUGCUGAUGGCUUUACAU